CAAAAAAAAAAGAGAGAGAGAACUAAACAUUAGGGAGUGGGGUGAAUACUUUCUGGAGGCAUUAUGGAUGUCUGUUUUGGUUUUGCACAUCCUGACUACAUGACCCAUACGUUUACAAUCAAGUAUACAGAAAGAAAAGGAGGAAACGAUGAAAAGAAAAGGGACAACUGCUGAGAAGUCAGGAAGCUCAGAGCACUUCGAGGACUUCGGGCAGGUUGGGCGCAUGACGUCAUUCAGUAGGAGUUCAGUUCCGCGUUGGUUCUCUGCUGCAGGAGCUGAAUGAAGUUGACAGGCGGCCAGUGUUACGUCUUAAAGCCUUUACGGUGGCGUUAAACAGCGGCUCUGAAGACAUUCCGGUAUAUUUCAUUUCUCACCAUGCUUACACGGAUGAGAUCCGCCGUUUCCAACAUGAUCGGCGGCAUCAUGGCUUCUGGUGGUGCAAACGAGGAGAAGGAGAACGACGGCGGUACAAAUCUACCGCCGAGAUUCCAGUACUCUCGACCCGAUUUCCUCGGCCUGUGUGCGGAUGAGCUGCAGUGUUUCACUGAUCACAUCGCCAGACCGAUCCUGGACCUCAGCGAAAGCACCCGACUGCCCUGGUCCACUGGCUAUGCAGAGGUGAUUAAUGCUGGGAAGAGUGCUCUGAAUGAAGACCAGGCCUGCUGUGAGGUGGUGGAGCUGAGGAAAAGACCUGCUGAUCCUGCCUCUCCGAGCUACACUCCCACCAACAGGAGGCGAUCUUCACUACCGACCAGAGAAGCUCUGGAGUCUAAAGAGGACUCUCUCAAUCAGGAGAGCUCUCAUGAAGAGGAAGAUCUGUAUUUCCACUACUGGGCACUCUUUGAUGGCCAUGCUGGUUCGGGUGCUGCUGUCUUUGCGUCCAAGCUCCUUCACCUUCACAUUGAGGAGCAGUUGCAGAGUGUGCUGGAAAUCCUGCAGAAGCCUUCACUACAGCCCCCUACAUGUCUCGGUGAGGAGACCAGCUUGCACGUUCGCCCGAGUGGAGGCUCAUCACAGCGAGCGCUUUCCAGAGCCGCAUCACUGAGGGGUGCUGCGGGAGCACCAGGUUCACCCAACACGCCAACUCCACGCUUCUUCAUGGAGAAGAAAGUGAAGCAGGAGAGCCUGGUGAUUGGUGCAAUUGAGAAUGCUUUCAAAGAGAUGGACAAACAUAUUGCCAGAGAGAGGAGUGUGUAUGAUAUCUCUGGAGGGUGUACAGCUUUAGCAGUUAUUUGCUUGUUGGGGAAGCUUUAUGUGGCCAAUGCAGGAGACAGCAGGGCCAUAAUUCUGCGUAGUGGGGAAAUCAUCCCAAUGUCAAGUGCCUUCACUCCAGAGUCAGAGAGACAGAGACUUCAGUGUUUGGCUUAUAUGCAGCCUCACUUACUGGGAAAUGAGUUCACACACUUGGAGUUUCCUAGAACAGUUUGCAAGAAGGAGGUGGGAAAGAGAAUGCUGUACAGAGACUACAGCAUGAAAGGCUGGGCAUAUAAAACUGUGCAGGAGGAUGAUCUGAAGUUUCCACUGGUUUUUGGAGAGGGGAAGAAGGCCCGGGUGAUGGCCACUAUUGGUGUUACCAGAGGAUUUGGUGAUCAUGAUCUACAGGUUCAUGGCACGGGCAUCUCCAUUAAACCUUUUCUCUCCUGCAGUCCAGAGGUGAGAGUGUACAACUUGGAGCAGUUUGAGCAUGGCGUUGACGAUGUCAUGAUUUUGGCUACAGAUGGCUUAUGGGAUGUUCUCUCCAACAAGGAAGUGGCUGAGGCAGUUACUAGUUUCCUUGGAAACUGUGAUCCUGACAACCACCACAGGUAUACAAUGGCAGCCCAGGAGUUGGUGAUGAAAGCUAGAGGGGUAUUUACUGAACAAGGCUGGAGGACAACAAAUGGUAGACUGGGUUCUGGUGAUGACAUAUCUGUUUACAUCAUUCCCCUAAUAUUCGGAAACAGCCAGCCACAGUCAAGGUGACCUACGGAGAUACAUGGAUCAAAGAACAUUUAAUGAGGUGGUUUAAACCAUUUAGAGGCUUUCACUGGCUGAAUUUUGACUUAUGACUGGAGUUUACAUUUGAUUAAACAUAAUUUGAUACCAUAUGGACACUAAAUGUCCAUGUUCUACAGAAUCUACUGGUACCAUCAAGGACCGGUUGUUAAUAUUGUUCAAGUCUUCCUCUUGCCUUCUGUUUGUUUUGUCUUAACACAGGUAAUUAUUUUCUUUUUUUCCUCUUGUCCAUUCUGUGAAUGGAAAUGAAAAGUGAAUCCUUGGAACCUGUGUAUUUAGAACUGUAUUUGAAAAACUGCCUUUCCACGGUGCUCUCAAAUACACUCCGAGGGUCGAUUUCUCAGUAUGUUUUACAGUAGCACAAAGCUGAAAAGCACUUUUGUACUGUACAAUAUAGGGAGCAUGAAUGACCUCUACAGCUAAAACUAAGGAAUUUUUUUUUGUAGUAAACGACAAGACAGUAAAUUGUUAAGGGACUCUGAUUUAUUUACUCUGAUUUAUUGUGAUUUUAUCUUUCAUCUACUUUCUAUAAAAACAAUGCUACACUCAAAAAAUACUGAAGCCAAUAAAUAUGUCCUCAAUUACAUUUUUAUUAGCAUCAUAUAGAACAAUUAAACUUUAAACUUACACUAGUGAUGAACAUUGGCAUUUUAAAAAGUACGAUCGUUAUAUCUUUCAGGCCUUGGGACUGUUUGAUAAUGUAUACUAUAUUCACUUAAAACUUUUUUUUUUUUUAACUUACUUUAAAACCCAAAGGUAAAUAUUGAUCCUCCUGUGCUUUCAAAAAUAUCCCCUCUAACAGAAAUGCUACAGAGACACCAAGCAAAAAUCAUUGCAAUAACACUAUGCACCAUUUGGAGUACAUUGCUAAGAAUACCUUUAGAUUUGUACCUUAUAGUGUUGAUGCUCUUAACAAACCAUGUUCUCACAUGUUGUGGUUUUUUUUUUUUUUUUUUUUUUUUUAAAAACAAUAAAAUACAUUUUAAAUCUGUAAGUAUUGCCUUCAUCUCCAAACCCUUUCCUAUCCUACUACUCAGCUUCAUACAAGAGAUAUUGAAUUGGUGAUUUUUAGUGUUGAGUUAUGUGAUUUGCAGGGCACCACCAACACACUACCAAAGGAGAUAAGCCAUCUGGUCAGCCUAACCCUGGUGCAUCUGAAACAAGGCUCAUUUGGGAAGACCUGAUGGUAUGUUUGCAGUGGACAUGGCUUUCUCUCGCUUUCUCUCUCUCUCUUUCACUCACUCUCUGAGUGUAUAAUCACACCGAGCACCAAGUGUGGGAGGACGGAUCCUCAAGGUCACCCACAUGCUCACUGGCGUGACGCCCAAAGGAGGGGCUCGGAGAAAUCCUUCUGUGGAAAAUGGACACUUCGGCUAUAAGGACCCAGAUUGUAAAUAUGUGUCUACUUGAAAUAAGACAACUUUUAAUGAUUGAUUGUAUGUGUGUGUGUGUGAGGAAACCUCAGCUUAAUUUAAUCAGUACCAACAAUUGGUUAGAACUGAUUAAACUAUACUACAAACAAAAUGGUAAA